GCUAACGUUCAUCUUGGCUCUUUUUUGUGUCGAUGGCAUGGUGCUAGUAGCUUCGGCAAGAAACGGUGUUGUCGAGAUAAAACGAUUAUUAAGUUAAUUCGGACACCUGAUGGAAAUUAGUUGACUGAUGCGGAUUUUUUUAAGCACACGUCAGCCAUCGCAUCUUGAACAAAUCAGUCAAAUUUUGAGGUUUCCAGUUCUGUCCCAAGGUGAGCUAGCUAGCCGAUUAACAGCUAACGGUCACUAACUCAGCAGCCAUUACAUCGUUACUACGCCUCUGGCUCAUAGGAGUUGUUAGAACCCAACCAGAAAAAAGAAGAAUAGCAUGGCAGAAGCCGACAAGCUGAACAUCGACUCCAUUAUACAGCGUCUGCUGGAAGUGAAAGGCUCCAGACCUGGCAAAAAUGUUCAGCUGACAGAGAAUGAAAUCCGUGGUCUCUGCCUCAAAUCCAGGGAGAUCUUCCUCAGCCAGCCAAUCCUGCUCGAACUUGAGGCGCCCCUCAAGAUUUGUGGUGAUGUUCACGGGCAGUACUAUGAUCUGCUGAGGCUGUUUGAAUAUGGGGGCUUUCCACCAGAGAGCAACUACCUGUUCCUGGGGGACUACGUAGACAGAGGCAAGCAGUCUCUGGAGACCAUCUGCCUGCUGCUGGCGUACAAGAUCAAAUACCCAGAAAACUUCUUUCUGCUGAGAGGAAACCACGAGUGCGCCUCCAUUAACAGAAUAUAUGGCUUCUAUGAUGAGUGUAAGAGGCGGUACAACAUAAAGCUGUGGAAGACCUUCACCGACUGCUUCAACUGUUUGCCUGUCGCAGCCAUUGUUGAUGAGAAGAUCUUCUGUUGCCAUGGAGGUCUAUCUCCAGACCUCCAGUCUAUGGAGCAGGUCCGAAGGGUUAUGCGCCCCACUGAUGUGCCUGACCAGGGUCUCCUCUGCGACCUGCUGUGGGCCGACCCGGACAAGGACGUGCUGGGCUGGGGGGAGAACGACCGUGGUGUCUCCUUCACUUUUGGCGCUGACGUGGUCACAAAGUUCCUCCACAAACACGACAUGGACCUCAUUUGUCGGGCCCAUCAGGUGGUUGAGGACGGCUAUGAGUUCUUUGCAAAGAGACAGCUGGUGACUCUGUUCUCAGCCCCAAACUACUGCGGUGAGUUUGACAACGCCGGAGCCAUGAUGAGCGUAGAUGAGACCCUCAUGUGCUCAUUCCAGAUUCUCAAACCUGCAGACAAGAAGCUGUUCUACGGCGGUGGAGGGGGCAUGGGCUCUGGCCGCCCAGUCACUCCUCCAAGGAAAGCUAAGAAAUGACACCAGUAGUUUGCCCUCGACCUCCUCGACCCAUCCCUCCUGCCCUCUCUACCUCUCUUCUCCUUUCUUUCACCAAACAGCCAGAAAUCAAACCUAUACCCAGGGCUUUUUUCCUUUUUUAUCUGUACUUCUUAAAACAUUUAAUGUUAUGAAUUGUCUGAGUGGGUGGGUGCGUGCGUGCGCAGAUGACAAAUGUGUCCCGUCUGCCAGUGAGCAUUAAAAUCAUGUGUGCACAUGUACAUUUUGUGUGAGAGUAUUAGAGAUUUAUACUUUCCCCUCUCUUUUGCCACUCUUCCCGUGGAAAGGUUGAAACCACAGUGUCUGUCUGUACAGUAAUUUUGACUGAAAAAGCAGGGUUUGGGAGAAAGUGGGAGAUUGCUGGCAUGAUAAAUUUAGCAGCAAACCCCUGCCAGCAGGUGGUGUGUGUGUACUUAUGGAGGGGGGAAGUAUUUUGUUUUCCCUGUCCUCUGUACUGUAAAAUCUCAAACACAGGUGUGUGCAUGUGUGCGUGUGUGUGCAUGCAUGCAGCGUCUCGCCCAUGUCAAGUGUUUCUCAGUAUCCUUUAAACAGGAAUGACUCUGUCACGUGGUUUCAUGAGAGCAGACACAUGCUUACUCACACACACUCACACAUGCACAUUACUCUUCAGAUUCAUAUGAGCCAGAGCUGUAAAAAACCCAUACAGUUUAGGUUUGUACAGAUUUGAUUACUUGAAAGAGAUUUUUUGUGAAUUCGUUUUGUAGUCUUUCAUCAAGUUGACCAAUAAAGCGAGAAUCUGAGUUA